GUUCAUCCCUGCAGUAGUAGGAGCCUAUAGUAAAGCUGGAAGUUGUAGGUGUGUCCUGCUCUGUGCACAUACAGAUCCUCCCUCUGAGCUGCUCCUCUCCUCGCCCUGCUCCUCUCACACUCUCUGAACUCUGUCGUUCUUUUCAAAGAUGUCUCUGAGUGAGAAGAGUGAUGAAGAAAUCAGCGAGUUACUGACGAAGUUUGGAAUCAAACAUGGACCCAUCGUCGAGUCGACUCGUGGUCUGUAUGAGAAGAAGUUGGCGAGGCUGAUGGAGAGCGCCACAGUGAAAUCUUCGCCUGAUAAAACAUUCUACAGAGAGGAAGAGGAGGAGGUGACCUACAUCACGUACCACACCCCGGUUAGACGUGAGGCUUACGGAGACUCCCUCAAACGAAGAGGAAACGUUGACACGGAAGAAGACGAGGAAUUCGAGCAGGAAACAGAAGACCCCCCCGUCCAGGUGACCCACAGAACAGCCAAUCACAGCGCAGUGCAGUCCAACGAGCCGCUGAAGAAGUCUGGAGGCUGCAUGUGGAAGUUCACCCGUCUGCUGCUGCUGUUAGCCGUGUUAGCCGCCGCGUACUACGCUUACUGUCAGAUGGUCGACAGAGAAGAGGAGAAUCCUACAGGGAUCCAGUGAUCUGAUUGGUUGUUAGGGUGUCAGGUUUUUUUUUAAUAGUUUGAACACAUUCCAGAAACUUCUAAAGGCUAACAGGUUUUAUAUUUAAAUGUCAUCAAAUCCUCUGAAAUGACAGGAACCAGACAAAUGAUGGAACACCUCAUGUGAAUCCAUCCGACCGCAAAAUAGUCCCCCGACUAAUCCACUACUUACUCCUGUUUGAGUAAAACGCUCUUAAAGCUCACAUGUUCUCCUCCUCUUCAUCCAGUGUAAAUAAGUAUUUGAUCACGUCUAUAAACCCCUCUAACAAACACCUAGCUGUGGGAAUGUCACCCACCUUUGUGAUGUCAUGAAGGGAAAAUCUCCAAACGGCUUGUUUGAGCACACAUUUUCAGAAAAGUGGAGCAGGAAGAAGACGGAGAGGAUGGACUUUUCUCAUUACUGGGGGGUUUGUAGACAGACACAUAUUAGAGUUAGAGGAACAUGGAGAAGAGGAUUUUAAAUAUGUGACCUUUUAAAGUUUGAGCCAUAAGAGAUUCACCUGCAGUAAGAAUCUGAGGGCGUUCUCGGGUGCAGACUAACUCUUCUCUCUGGGAUAAAAAAAGACGCUGGUCCUGUUGUUGACUUCUUUGCUUUCCUUGGAUGACAUGUUGCACUCUCUCUUCUUGCUAUGCAAACUUUAGUGUGUUUGACGUUUGUUUUUUUAAUGCAGCUUUUCCCGAUCAUGUUUUUUUUCUCUUUGUGACAUUUUGCACAACUUUUAAACCGAGUCUGUUUCUUAUAUUUCGUGUUGCCUCAAACUGAAACCAAAGGCUGUCGUCUUUAUGUGUUCAUACCUUUUGAAUAAAUCAAAUGAAGUGUG